CGGCGUUCAUACCGCUGUCUUUAAAGAUGUCACCCUCAGCAUCAGUGGGCUUUAGAGGUCUUUUAAAGGAGCAAAUUUCUUCAGGAAAGCUGUUAAAAUAUGCGACGGAGCUCUGCAGACGAGGUGAGGCGUAUUUUUGGUUACUCGGUGAAAGCCCGGCAGGCCGAGGAGGACAGCGGCCUCAGCACGGCCGGCUUCAGCGGCCCUCUGGAUCACUACAGCGGGCUGAUCAGAGACGGGACCCUGAAGGAGGAUGAGCACCAGAAAGCGGUGCUGCAGAAACUGGACCAGCUGCACAAAACACUGAGAGGAUACAGCAACGCACCCACGUCCAUCUUCUCCAAGUUAUUCACGAAACCAAAGCCACCGAAGGGGUACUACAUCUACGGUGAUGUGGGCACGGGAAAAACUAUGGUGAUGGACAUGUUUUAUUCUUACGUGGAGACCGAAAAGAAGAAAAGGGUUCAUUUCCACGGUUUCAUGUUGGACGUGCAUAAAAGGAUCCAUCGGCUGAAGCAGAGCAUGCCAAAAAGAAAAGCCGGGAAAAUGGCCAAAUCUUAUGACCCCAUCGCUCCGGUGGCAGAGGAGAUCAGCGAGGAGGCUUGUCUGUUGUGCUUUGAUGAGUUUCAGGUCACUGACAUCGCUGACGCCAUGAUUCUCAAGCAGCUCUUUGAGAAUCUGUUUCUGAACGGCGUUGUUGUCGUGGCCACUUCUAAUCGUCCUCCUGAAGAUUUGUACAAAAACGGCCUGCAGAGAGUCAACUUUGUGCCUUUUAUUGCAGUCUUGCAGAAUCAUUGCCAAACCCUCCGACUGGAUUCUGGGAUAGAUUACCGCAAACGGAACAGACCCUCAGCCGGAAAACUCUACUUCCUCUCCACUGAGCCUGAUGUUGAAGCGACGCUAGAUAAGAUGUUUGACGAGUUGGCUUUUAAACAGAAUGACAUAACACGACCAAGAGUUUUGAACGUGAACAACAGGAAAGUCCGUCUGGACAAAGCUUGUGGGACCAUCGCUGACUGUACGUUUGAGGAGCUGUGUGAUAGACCUUUAGGGGCCAGUGACUACCUGGAGAUGUCACGCCUGUUUGACACAGUCUUCAUCCGACACAUUCCUCUGCUGACGCUGAACAAGAAAACCCAGGCCAGACGGCUCAUAACGCUCGUGGACGCCCUCUACGACCACAAGGUGCGGGUGGUGAUUCUGGCCGACCGUCCACUGGAGGACAUUUUUGUGCUGGACGGGGAUCACGGUCACGACGAGAGCCACAUUCUCAUGGACGACCUGGGCCUGAAAAGGGAUGAAGCCAGCAGUCUGUCCAUCUUCAGUGGAGAAGAGGAGAAAUUCGCCUUCCAGAGGACAGUGUCUCGGCUCACAGAGAUGCAGACGGAGGAAUACUGGUUGGAGGGCGACAGAAGCACAAAAUCACAGGUGUAAGAGUUGGAAAAACGAUCUCUCCGUGAACCUUUCUGCCAAAAAAACUAAACAAAAAAACAAGCCAGGACUGAACACUACUCCUCCUCCACUCAUCCAGAACAAACAACGUGGGACUGCUCAGCUGUACGUGUGCAAAUCUACAAAGAAUAUUUAUUGCCGUCUUAAGGCCUUUUAUCAUUUUAUUGCGACAUUGCACUUUACGGAACAUUUUUCACCAUGAACUUUGGUGCGUCGUGUUGCUUUUAAGCCGGUGUCAUGUUGAGGUCCAACUUUUGCGUUUUUAAGUCUGUGGGAAAACAUUUGGAAAAAAAACAAAAAAAAAGAAAGACUUUGAUGAAUAUAUCAAAUAUUUAAGGGACAUUUUAAUCUGCAGAGAUACAGUGUUUUUACACCAUAAUGUAUCUGAAUGACUUGAAUGGGUUUUGGGUUGAUUGGGGACUUUGUCUUGAUUUAUGUGCCGGGUGCCGCCUCUGAAAGGGAAACAUAAAAACUAGUCCGCGUUAAUUCCAGGACGCGAUGCUUGCAAGUAUCCGCUAACGAAAGUGUCUGCGUUGGUUGGGCGUUUGACUUGUUGCCAUUUUACAUUCAUCUCCUCUUUAUCUGAGCACACUAAUGCACACGGGCGGACGAAGACAAAGGCUGCAGUGUGUGUGGGAAGUGAAAGUGUGAAGGAAAGAAAAAAAAAUUUAAGAGUUUAUCUCCUAUGCAAACAAAAGUGCAAAACAGAUGGUUGGUGGUGUUUUAAUUAGUAGGAACAAACCAUAAAACCAAACUAUACGUCCGUUUCAAAGCUGUUUCCGACUGGAAAAUAUUAUUUACAUCAAAUGCAAGUUGGGUUGACUAAGAUACUGUUUUUAACUGGUGCCAAUAACUCACUGAGAUGAGCAAAUGUAUUAUUCCUGAUUAUCUCUAAUGACACAUUUAAAAAAGAAUUUAGACUCAGUCUGACUGAGUCAGUUUUAUUAAUAUAGAGUUUAUCUGUAUAUUAAAAUCUGUACGAGCUUCAUUAGAUGGGAUGUGACAGUAUUUAUUUUUCAGCACAUUUUUUUUGGCCACCCGGCUGAAACUGAUUAUAUUGAGGAUGUUUUUUUGACAUUUGAUAUGCAUCAUAUCAAUCAAAACUUUAAAAUAAUUAAUAAUAAGCUCUGUUUAAUACACUGUGCUGUCUUUAACGUUGCAUCUGACUUAAAUGUAUUAGUUUUCAUCUUAAAUGAACCUGAAUGAACUGAUGUAAAGAUACUGUUUGUUGAGGAAAAAAAAGGUGAAAUGAAAUGAAAGGUGAAAUUUA